GUUCCGGAAUGCGUCACUUCUGUUGUGUUGGAAGUUGUAGAGGCCGGUGUGGGUGGGAAGCCAGGCGGGGUGGGGUCGCACCUAAGCGUUCAGGAGGGUUGAACUUGACCCCGGGAGGGGGCCUCUGACCGACGGUAGCUGUCCCCUAUGGACCUGGCCUUGGACCCGGGUGACCAGGACCUGCUGAACUUCUUGCUGGAGGAAAGCGGAGACCUGGGGGCGGCACCCGGCGGGGCGGCGGAGGCUCCACCGGCCUGGGAACCGUCUCUGUCCGAUGUGGAGAGCGACUGGGAUGUAGAGGAUUUUCUGAGCUUCCUGUCGAGUCCCGCGCCGGCGUCAUCGUCGUCGCUGAACAGUCUGAACUCUUGUAAUUCCUGUCUCGUCGACCACGAUCACACCUAUUCUCUCCCACUGGAACCUGUUUCCAUAGAUCGAGAUGGCGGCAACCAUCGAGAAGGGAUCCCGAUGGCUUCAUUGUCUGUGGAGGAGGCGGGAGAGCAGCAGAUGCCCAGGCUGGUCCUGACAGACGAGGAGCAGAGGCUGUUGCAGAAGGAAGGGCUCGUUCUGCCCAGGACUCUUCCUCUCACCAAGAUGGAGGAACAAGUUCUGAAAGGAGUGCGGAGGAAGAUUCGAAACAAAAGGUCUGCUCAAGAGAGCCGCAGAAAGAAGCAGGUGUACGUGGGAGGCUUAGAAAGCAGGGUCUUGAAAUACACAGCCCAGAAUCUGGAGCUACAGAACAAAGUCCAACUCCUGGAGGAGCAGAAUCUCUCCCUUCUGGACCAGCUGAGGAGACUUCAGGCCACGGCGAUGCAGAUGGCGAAGUCCGGCAGCAGCAGCAGCAGCAGCACUUGUGUCUUGGUGCUGCUGUUCUCCGUCUGUCUUCUCCUCAUACCGGCUAUGUACUCCUCCAACACAAGGGGGAGCCUGCCAGCUGAGUACGCAGCGUUGUCCCGAAAGCUUCGUGCCCUCCCCAGUGUCAAUACUCACCAGCUGGAGCGGCCUGCCUGGCGGUCAGGGACACCAAAGGACAGUGCCGUCGCUGUGCUCGCAGCCCCUGCCAACUUUUGCUGCCUGCUCUACCAUGUGCCUCAGGUUUCUGGGGAAGAGCCUUCUCUCGCGUCGCCACUCCCUGACCUCUCCUCAGAGAUCCCCCGCUCAGGCCCCACCCUGGCCUUGCACGUAAAUCUCACAAGAGAGGGGGUGGCCCCCUCCCCACAGCACCACACCUGUCAUUCUGUAGGACAGAUGCUUAAGCGAGAUAGGAAGAUGUGGGAGACCUCAGCAAAAAUCUGGAGGCCCCAGUCUGUGUCCAAGUAAGAAGGAGCAGAGAGGGCUCCCAUGCCCUGUCAGGCCACCCAGGAGAUCAGACACAUCACGCUUACUGGCUUUGAGUUUGUUUUUAAUUUAUACAUAUACAUGUACAUAUAUAUAUAUAUAUAUAUAUAUCAUCAUCAUCAUCCCGUAUCCCCUGGGGGAAUGAAUGAACUGACUUCCUCGAGCAUUUCAUGCAGUGAGACGGGGAGGGGUGAGAAAAGAAAUAAAUAAGUGAUUCUGA